ACACACGGAAACACGGAUUAUACCGUCGACUGCUGUUUACCCCGGAGCCUGUGGUCCACUUUACACAUAAGGUCUCUCAUGUGAACCUCUCUGACUGAGAGGAGAAGGUCAGGCUGUUUCACUGUGACGAUGGACACUUAGUCUCGUCAGCGCCCCAAAUGGAAGCUCCGGUCACACCUUCCCCUCCUCCCAACUCCUCCACCUUGCCUCCCCCGGUCCCCCUGCGCCCGGCCGUCGCCCCCUCGGUCCAGCUGGGUUUCACCAUCCUCUACACUACCCUGUAUGCCGGACUCUUCCUUGCGGUGUACAUCCAGCUCUGGCUUCUCUACCUUUACAGACACAAACGAUGGAGCUACCAGAGCGUCUUUCUCUUCCUCUGCCUGCUGUGGGCCGCUCUCCGCACCACCCUGUUUUCCUUUUACUUCCGCAACGCUCUGGAAGCCAAUCACCUACCCGUGGCAGUCUACUGGCUGCUCUACUGCUUCCCCGUCUGUCUGCAGUUCUUCACUCUCAGCCUCAUUAACCUGUAUUUUACUCAGGUGUUGCUCAAAGUGAGAGAGACGUACAGCUCAGACGUGGACAGACGACUCUGGAUGGCAAGAUGCGUGUACAGUGCGUUGAGCUUCAUCUUCCUCUGCGUCAACGUGGUGUGCGCCGUUCUCGGGGACCGAGGCGGCAGCAGGAGGUUGGGGGAGAGAACCUGGGAUCUGGUCCUGGUUCGAGUUCUGGUCAAUGACCUGCUCUUCAUCCUGAAUGCAGUCUUACUUGCCGCCUUGCUGCUGCUCCUGACACGACACUCUCGCUUCACCAGCCCCUACCUGAUGAGCAAGGGGACCACCGUGUGCCGCACAGCAGCGCUCGGAGCAGCAGUGAUCUUCUUGUAUGCCAGCAGAGCCUGCUACAACCUGACAGUCCUCGUCCUGUCCCAGAACCACCACGUGGAGUCAUUCGACUUUGACUGGUACAACGUCUCUGACCAGGCUGACCUGCGUAAUGAACUGGGCGACAGGGGCUACAUGGCCUUUGGUGCCAUCCUCUUCAUAUGGGAGCUGCUGCCGACCAGUCUGCUCAUCCUCAUCUUAAGAGUUCGCCAACCUGCUCAAGAGACCAGCAGCAUCAACAACAGGGUCUUGCCUCAUCCAUAUUUCUUUGAUGACCCUCAAGGCAUGGAUGAGGACGCUCCUGUACCCUGGGCGCGCAGCUCACACCCACACACAAGCUGGUACGGAUCAGAGACCGCUCCCCUCCUGUUCGCCAGCAAUCCUCCAGACCAGAACCACCAGCACCACUCUUUCUACUCCACCCCCCAGAACUGAACUGAACUGAAGCAGCCAUCAGAACAGACCAAACACGGCUCCCGGCUCUAAGUAGUUAACUUCCUCUGAGAGCAGUCGUUUGCACUGAAAACCUCAGGAAAUCCUCACCAAACAGCAAAUAUGCACCUUCUAGUUUUUUGAAAAGAGAAAACUAUAUUUUUAAAAAUGAAAACAAGCUGACUGUUUUGUAGCUCAAAGGGAACAAACUUGGCAGGACAAUCCCCGCCUAACAUGCACGCUCAGUGAUCUCCUUAUAAAGGUUAAGCUGAGAUUAAAAUACAUUUUAAAAAAACAUCCCAAGAAUGUGGAUAAUCAAUUUAAUACCUCUUCCUAUCCCUUUAAAGUGGCACAUUUAGCUUCAUUAGCAUUCCUUAAUGAAUAAAUAAGUUGAUAAGCUCGCAGCAUGUGAUUCACAAAGAGCCACAUCCAAAGAGGGGAACUUUUCUUACACUUUUACAGGUGUAGAAGAAACAGAAUCAAUAAUUCCAGCAGCUUCUCUCUAAUGUAAUAAUCACAUUGCUGCACUCUUUUCUUUAAGACCAGUCUAUAGUCUCUAUUCUUUAAGUUUGUACAUCACAUUUGUCUCUUUUUAACUGUUUUGGAGUAGUUUUUGAUUCCUGCUCCCUUCCUGUGUAAUUAUAUAUUUUGAUGGAAGUUUAACUUAUUUUAUGACUACGGUUCUGCGCUGAAUUUGCAACUAAAAUAUACUUCUUUUUUUUUCUGCUUCAUGUCUUUACUGGAAUGAGGCUUCCUCAUAGUGAGUCGCUCACCUGUGGGUUCGACUUUACCACAUGACUGACAUUUAACUGUGUAAACAGCCAAGCAAUACAAGCACGAAAAAAAGCUUGUUUAGCCUGUUGCUAAGCAGCGGACAUAUGGAUCAAACUGCUGUGGUUGUAGAUCUCGAUACGGCACCUUUCGAUAUUUCAGAUGUUUUUUUGAUUUUCGAACUGUACUUACAUGUUUUACUACCAACUGUAUAAUUCAAUAGAGUCACAUGUUUUCCAAAGUAUGCCAGAGUGUCUCAGAUUGUAUUUUUACAGCCUUCCAGUCAACCACAUUAAAGUUAUUCCUGCGUGUCAGUCCACCUACAGACUGUAAACCUUUGCUUUGAGACACGUAAAACAUAUCUGCUUUUAUUUUUGUCUUUUAUGUUAUUAUAAAAACAUAUAUGCAAAUUUUUUAAAGUCUGUUUACAGUUUUCUUCAAAAAUUCCUGGUACAUUUUCUGGAAAGAACCGUGUCAUUUGGUGGUAAUUUUACAGAUUUGUUCUCUGUUGGGAUUUUAAUAAUUUUUCUCACAGGAAUUCAACAGAACACAGUUUGUCCAGAGGUGGCCAGAUGUUUGCAUUCCACUCUACUGUACAUGGUAAAGUUUGACCUGUCGCUGUUACUCUUUCACUGUCAAGUAGAUGUUAACCUCGCCGUGCUGUUAGGCAGCGGUUUCCAUCUUUUUGGCUUGUGAGUGUCAAGGUUUUGGCCUCAGUGUGGACGUGAAGUGUUUUACAUGACUUUUUUAGAGGACUAAGAGGUAAAAAUAUAAAAUAUAACUUUGUACUUGUGAAUGAUGUAUGAAAUGUUACAAUUAAUAAACACU